AUGCGCGCACGUGACGGGCUCGGGCAGAGUCCUCGCCAGCAGCACUCGCAGCACUCGCAGCAGGCGCAUCGCCCACCUCGUCGCGAACACCUUCGCGAGCUCUCGCAACAAAUUCGGAAAGCGGUGCGCGAGGGGCAGCGCGCGGAGGGCGGGCGCAGGCGCAGGCGCGCGGAGGAGCAGGUCGACGCGCUCAUGGCGGAAUACCACGCGCUAGGCGGCGCGCCUGCCACGUGGAUGUACGCGGCGCGAAUCCAGCUGUGCCUGGUGAAGGGUGCCACGUGGCGCCGACUCGGGAGGGGGAGGUUUCAACUGGGGGAUGCGGAACCUGCGCGGAAGAUUUUGGACGGGGGCGCAUCGGGGGAACGCGAGGGGGAAGUGGGGUUAGGGGAAGGGGAAGCGUCAGGGAGGCAGCGAGUAGCGUUGCGACAGCUGGCGCGCGCGCAGGAGCUUUGGCAGGAGAUGCGCGCCCGUGGCCUGCAAGCAGACAAAUACGCCGCCUCCGCAAUGAUUGCGGUGUGCGGGCGGGCGGGCAGGGCGGAUGAAGCGGAGAGGGUGAUGGCAGGGGUGGCGCUGGGGGGGAGUACGGUGCGAGGGAGUACGGUGGGAGGGAGUACGGUGGGGGGACAGGUGGAGCUGGGGAAGGUGUCUUCUGAUGCUGGAGUGGCUGAUGAUGCAAGGAGCCGUGAAGCAGGCAUGGGCGGGCUCAAUGGUGGCUUGAAUGGCAACUGGAAUGGUGGUUCAAAGAAUGGUCGUUUCAAUGGACGGUUCAACGAUGGACGGUUCAACGAUGUGGUGGUGUGGAAUGCACUGGCAGAUGCGUGGAGCCGAAGCGGGGAUGCAGUGCGGUCUGAAGAGGUGCUCUCACGCAUGCUGCACGCACACUGCCCGCCCAACCUCGCCUCCAUCUCUUCACUCACUGCCGCCUUCCGCCUCGCCCCCUCUCUGCCUCUCGACCUUCUCGCGUCCCUGGCGCCCACUCCGCUCCCUCCACGUCAGCCAGCCUAUCAGACGCAGACAGAUCAGCUUCCUGGCCCCUUGCAGCAAUCUGCAAUACAGCAAAAUCAUCAUCAUCAUCAGCAGCAGCAGCAGCAGCAGCAGCAACGUCAACUGUAUCCCGGUGCUGCUGGUGCUCCCACGCCCACCUCUGUACAGUCACACUCCACCUCUGUACAGUCACACUCCACCUCUGUACAGUCACCAUCCACCUCUAUACAGUCACACUCCUCACUCUCAUUUCCUUCUGUACAGUCACCUCGCACUACCAGUGCGUCAGUCAUUGAAGCAGCCAGCAGCCAGAAGCAAGACAAGGACCCUCGUUCCUCCCUUUCCCCCUCCACACUCUUGAGCUCAUCCCCAUCCUCCCACUCUCAUCCCACCUCACCCUUUCUGAGUAUGAACAAAGCACCACAACAAAACAGUAUGGAUUUCCGUAUCUGCCAAUCCCUUAUCUCGGCCACCAUUCCAAGCUCGCCUGCAACACCCCCUCCCUCACCUCGCACCGCUCCUAUAAGCCCUCCCCCGCUUCCCCCCGCCACCUCUGCUCCCACUGAACCGGGCCUGUUUUCUAGGCUCGGCCCGUGGCUGCAGCAGUGGUUCGGGGAGCCAGCAGCCACGGCACUAGCCGCACAGGAAGCUCAGGGGACUGCUGGAAUGGGGGCGAGGGGGGGUUGUGCUGGUGAGGUGUCGAGAUAUGGGGCAGGCGAGAUAGGGAGUGAGCGUGGAAGAGGUGGUGGGGGGAGGGGCGAGUUGGGAGUGAGAGGGAGAGCUUGGGAGGGCAAGAGCAUCGGGGAGAGGGUAUGGGAGGCAAGUGAGGGCAUGGGGGAGAGGGUACAGGAGGCAAGCAAGUGCAAGGGGGUGGAGACUGUGGAUUUGCAUGGCUUGUCUGCCAUGCAGAGCAGACUCCGACUCAUGGAUGCCCUCCUCCCUCCCUCUCUCUCUCCCUCACUCCCUCCCUCACUCCCUCCCUCUCUCCCUCACCCGCACCUGCACACACACCCUCACUCGCCCUCGGAUUUUGAUUUGCCUAAAAGAAUGGCAAUUCCCUCGGUGUCCCUGCCAGCUUUAGAGAGUGAGCGGGUACGGCUCUCCUCUCUGGCUCGUUUCACGGCACUGGAAGCACCUCAGAAGCAGCCUGCCCCAGAUGUACCUCAGAAGCAGCCACUGUUUGUGCAACAAUCUACCCUGGCAGCAGCAUCAGAGGCAGCAGCAUCAGCAGCAGCAGCAGCAGCAGCAGUGGGUGAGGGAAAGGGUGGUGGAGGCACUUUCUCUGCCCACGCCAGAGGGCUCGUCAUCAUCACCGGAGCUGGCAGGGGGCGCUCCUUUGUGAGAGAGGCUGUCAUGCAGCAGCUAUCAGGCCUUAGGUUGCCUUUUGAGGCCCAUCGCAGCACAAUCACUCUGCUUCCAGAGACCCUUUCAGCCUUCCGAGCAAAGAACCAGGACACUCAAGCUGAAACACGGCUGGAGCUGCCGUUCCUCACAUACUGCCUUGAGGGGGGGGGAGGGUAA